AUGAUAUUGAUACUUCUCACACUUGGACUUGCCUACUACGUGAUCAGCUACUAUGCGUGGGUCCGGAAGUUCCCGAAAGGGCCGAAACCGCUGCCGUUGAUCGGGAAUUUGCAUCAGUUAAAUCCCCGCCAGCUGUACAUGCAAUUCCGCAAAUGGAGCAAGGUAUACGGUGAUGUGUUUACCGUAUUCACCCCUCGCCCGUUCGUCAUCAUCACAAAUUAUGAAGGAAUUAAAGAGGCGUUUGCUACGAAAGGUGAGGAAUUCGCCGGCCGAAUGGGGACUUUCCCGAAUACCGUAUUCAUGCAAUCCGGCAACAAUGGUGGGAUCUUGUUUUCGCAAGGGGAUAGGUGGAAGGAAGCGCGACGUCAAUCUAUCCAUAUCCUGCGUGAUUUUGGUAUGGGGAAAAAUUUGAUGGAGGAACAGGUCAAAGUUUGCCUCACCGAUUUGCUCGACCACAUCGAAGCCGAGCAUUUGAAUAAGGAAACCUCGAUGCGAUGGCCGUUACAAAUCUUUGUCUCCAACGUCAUCAACAAGACGCUCUACAACUUCUCGUACUCUUUCAAUGACUGCGAUCGCCUUCUCGAAUUUGCUGAUAACCUCCAGACCCUGAUCGAGACGAUGAAAACCAAUCGAGCCACCUACAUGAUCACCAACUUUCCGUGGAUGUCAAAGAUCCCGUUUUUCGGCUGGUACGGACAGGGAUGGUUUAUGAAUGUCAGCAAAGCGCUCAAAAGAAUCGUUAGUGAAGAUGUGGCAAAUGCACUCAAAGAUUACGAUGUCAAGGACGAGCCGAGUUGUUUUGUGCAGGCUUUUCAUCAAAGGACGAUGAAUACACCAUCUAUAGCCGAUCAAACCACCGAUGUUGCUAUGGAUUUCUUCAUUGCUGGCUCGGAAACUACGACUACAACGUUAAGAUGGGGACUUUGCUAUUUAGCGGACAAUUUGGAUGUUCAGGAAAAAGUCCGUGCGGAAAUCCAUUCUGUCAUCGGGCGAGAGCGAAUCCCGAAUUUUGCAGACCGAACGCAAAUGCCGUAUACCCAAGCUGCUAUUAUGGAAAUCCAGCGGAUGGCCAGCAUUUUGCCGCUGAACUUGGUCCACAGAACCGUUUGCGAAACGUCCGUCCAAGGACUCUCCAUCCCGGAAAACGUCCUGGUGUGGGGUCAAAUUGACGGAGUUCUGUAUAUGGACCCGAAUUUUAAGAAUCCGGAAACCUUCGAUCCGACCAGGUUUUUACUGGAGGAUGGAAAAACGUUUAAUAAGACAACCGUAGAGAGGAUGGUCGCGUUCUGCAUCGGAAAGCGGCAGUGCGCAGGAGAGGGACUGGCUAGGAUGGAGCUUUUCCUGGUGCUCGCGGCACUUUUCCAGCGAUUCAAAAUCGAGCCGUCACCCGGGUGGAAGAUUGAUCUGACCGGAAUUCCCGGAACUGUACGGCUGCCUAGCGAGAAUCAUUAUAAGGUUACAAAGGUC